ACCCAGAGACGGAAGGGGACUGUUCAAAUGGGCGGGGACUUCCGCUUACGGCCGGGACGGGUCUGGUGUUGCCUGGUAACCGAGGCCUGCCAGCUCCAUGUGGCCGGGCCAGGCCUUGUAACCCGUCGUUGUAGCUGCUCGGUGGAGUCUCGGGAGAAGGGAGUGAGCGUCUGGGGGAUGCGGGCGUGCAAACUCAGAGACUCCACAGACAUUUUCAAUGUGGAGUUUUUUAAAACGGGCAAAAAUGUCAUCUAUUAUGUUGAACGAAGCUGCCAGGUGUCUGAGGAGGAGUCUGUGGCAGUUUUCAAGGUUACCGUUUGUUCGUUAUUGCAGCUACAAAAGGAAAAUGUCCCCUGACGGAGCAUCAGUCAAACUCUACUCCACAGUUAAAUCUGAGAAGGUAUCAAAGUCAAAUAAGAGCCACAAACCUGACUUCAAUAAGUCAGAACUGGAUGUUAAAGGUAAUGCAAAGAGAUUAACUGAGUUCCCAGAGAGCUUCCAAGAGCCUGCUGCAGACAGAAUGGUAAAGAGGCCAGGAAUCAAUCUUUCUACUGGAACUUCAGGAAGACAAAAUCAUGCCAAUUUUACUCAGCGGUUUCAAAACUCUUCCAAAGUUACAAGUGCACAGUCAAACUCAAAACCUUGUCAUGUCCAUAAUUCAGAAUUUCAGAACCUUAGAGAUGACGAUUUUAUAAAACAAAAAUUGCCAAAGACUUCUCAACCUUUUGUAAGGGAGGCAGGUUCAGAAAUGUUAUUUGGCAUGGUGCCAUGCAGCCUAGCCCUUUCCCAAUUACGCAGAAAGAUUUUCAAGCUGUUUGUUAAGGAAAAUCGAACACACAGAACUGAAAUGCAGGGAAUCUAUCAGCGAGCCAGAGAGACUGGAGUGCCAGUACAUCAGGUGAUGAGAAAGGUGCUUGACAGGUUGUGCGAGGGUCGAGUUCACCAAGGCAUUUGUCUUGAGGUGACACCACUAGACUAUGUGAACUAUGAUCAAUGCUGUUCAGCAACUAUUGAUGUUUCUGAACUUGAAGACAGCAACAAACCAGUGUUGUGGCUGGCAUUGGAAGGAAUCCAGGAUCCCAUGAAUAUGGGAGCUCUGCUUCGUUCAGCGUACUUCCUUGGAGCAGAUCUUGUUCUAGUAAGUCAGCCAAACAGUUGCCCUCUAACACCAACUGUGAGCAAAGCCAGUGCUGGAGUUGUAGAAGUUAUGACAGUUUAUUGCACUCGCAGCUUGCCCCAAGUGCUAAAGGCAAAAGCAGCUGAAGGGUGGAAAAUAAUAGGAACUGUUGGAAAUUCUACAGAAGCCACUCAUGUACCAAUCAUCCCUUGUACUGAGUUCCAGUGGAAUAAACGGACUAUACUCGUUCUAGGAAAUGAAGGUUUUGGCCUUUCUGAUGAUGUAAGCAGCCUUUGCCACACAAUGCUGACAAUACCAGGAGGUAGAGACUUGCAGGCUGGGAUUGAAUCUUUGAAUGUGUCUGUUGCUGCAGGGAUUCUCUUACAUUGCAUAACCAGCAAGAGGAUGAAGGGAUGAAAGGCUCCCCACGUUAAUCUCUCCAAACUAUCUUGAAGUGAUUUAUUUUGUUUAUACCCAGCCACUGAGCUAUUUCCAAUCGCUGUUUAAACCAGUUUAAUUGCUGUGAAUGUUUGUCCUGUUUAUAGGUUUUGAUUUUCAGUAUAAACUGAACUUUAAAAAGUUAGGAACACCGUCUUUUUGUUAAUGAUCUGCAAAGUAAAUUUUGUAUAAAUCUGAUCAUCUGCACAGGUUGUGGUUUGAGCUCUGGCAGUUCUACUCUGCAUACGGAAGUAUUUUCUUUUGAAUCUCAUCUGUAUGUGGUUGGGUUACUUUUAUAUGAUUGUUGCAACCUGCGGGGAUCUGACUGCAAAUCUACCAUGUUAUAAUGAUGACUUAGAACUUUUAAAAAUUACAAUAAAAAUAUAAACAUUGUUCUUA